UUGGUUCGCUGAACCGAAGCAGAGUCCAUCUUUCACGCAUGCGCAGAGCGGAAGGUGGAGGUUGUGUACGGCCGUACAAGAGUGGAGCUUGAAGCAGUGUGCUUUCGUAGUGCAGGUGUGUCAGGACCGAGGAUCUGAUCUGCCGAUCGCCACACAUACACACCCAGGCACGUGGGUCGCACUCCGCGAAGUUCAGACCAACUUGGAAACGAAGACGAACACAAUGUGGUUCGUGUGUGGACUGUGUCUGCUCUCCUUCAUCGUCUGUCGGGCAGUUCCCGUAAACAAGGACAGCUCUUCUCAUGAGAGGGGCAUAUACUUCGACAAGAGCAGUGAGAAGUUCGCAAAUGAAAGUGUUUGCGUUUCUGACGACGUUCUGUACAAGGAAGGCGACCCCAUCCCAACUGCCAGCCUGUGUGAGCGAUGCGUGUGCAGUCCACCUGACAUUACUUGUGAGGCCAUAGAAUGCAAGAAGUCUGGCUGCCGGGCCAUCUAUCGCUCCAAUCAAUGCUGCCCGGAGUACAAGUGUGACUGUGAGGCGGAUGACAGAAUUUAUCAAAAUGGUGAGCGCCUAGAGGACCCUGAUUCACCCUGCAGGGUUUGCUAUUGCCAGAGUGGAGAAAUCGUGUGCACAGUAAUCAAGUGCUACACACGUGCAGAUUGCACGCCACAUUAUGUGACUGGCAAGUGCUGUCCCAAGUAUGACCACUGUCCACCUGUAGACCCUACACCAAUGACGUUUUACGCGACAUCAGAAACUUUGUCGGAAUUAAUCAAGUCAUCUUCAGCUGACCAAAUACAAAAUAGUUCAGUGAAGAAUAUCCAAGACAACAUUGUGGACUCUGCAAAGAGGAUAGAACUAGCUGGAGAAAGUAUGAACGACAGCCCUAUACCUGAACCCAACUCAUCAGAUUAUGGCCAAGAUAUUUCAUUAACAUCAUCCUCUGCAGAAACAAGAUGUAAAGAAGAUAAUGAUAAGGAAGAAAUAUCGAAAAACAACACUGAGGUCUAUACUGAAAGUACUAACACUGGAGAAACAACCGAGAGAAAAGAGGAUGACAAAGAGGAAACACAAGAUACCACUGAGGUCAAAACAGAAAAUACAGGCACUGAAGAAACAAGCACGAGACAGAAGGAUGCAAAAGACGAAGAGGAGUCGCAAAAGGACAGCACUGAGGUUUAUACAGAAAGUACAAGCACUGGAGAAACAAGCAAGCAAGAAAGAAAUGACGAAGAGGAACUGCAACAAGUCAGCACUGAGGUCUAUACUGAAAGUACAAUCAGCAAUAAAGAAGAUGAAAUGGACAUGUCUUCAGAGCAGAUGGAAGACAAGAUUGCCGAGACUCGGUCUGAUGAGACUACUACAACCCACAAUUCAGCUGAUGUCACAACAACAGUGAUAUAUCCUUCUGAUGAAAAUGGCAUGAUGAAAGAUGGCGGAACUAUGUGGUUCAUCGGAGAGGUAAAAUCAUCUGUCGAGUCGGUAACACACGGAACAUCUCAAGAAACAGUACAGCAUGAAAUAACUACCAUCGCAAUUGAAGAUGACAAAGAAGUUGGCAGUGGAACUGAAUCUACACAGUUUGAAGCUUUUGUGGGCAGCAGAGAAGGUAGUGAUGAAGGAACUUCACAUGAGUCCACAGGAGAUGAUGGCAAUAAAUUCAACAUUAGCUCUGGAGAACUGGGGCAGAAUAAAUAUGAUGAAAACAAUCCAGAAGCUGGUAGUUUUGAAAACAGCAACACCAACUCCACAGCUGACCACACACAAGCAACAGAGCACGAACCCAGGGACUCAGUUCCUGUGAUUACGUUACAGAACGACAUGGAAUCUUCGCAUAUGGGUAUUGUGCUGCCAGAUUUAGAUAAUAACAAGAUGCAAGUAGACUAUGACAUUAAAAAAAUAGAGACAAAUCCAACAGUUGGCACAGAAGCAGAAAUUAAUACCAGUUUAGAGUACAACAACAUUACAAACAAAAUCACUGCAGAUUAUCUGGAUAAAAGUGAACUAGGUGGGAAAACCUUUCAGACCUCAAAUGAAGAAGAAAGUGAAGGCAUAACUACCGAUGAAUCUACUGAUGAUGCUUCUUUUACAACUACCCCCACUAGUGAGGUUACAUCAGAAUUUCAAUCCACCGAAACAACAGAAAUGAAUGAAUUCAGCAUGGGCCAAGGUAAAACUGGUUUGUCAGCAGCUUCACUUUUAACACACGACAGUCAAACAGAAGCACAGGAUGAGGAAUCUAUGAAUCCUACAGAUGGCUCCACAACUCCAGACAUCUUAGAAGGAGAACAUCCACUCAACACGAAAGAAUUUGAACAGACUACUGAACACACACAGACGACUCCAACCGAUGAGCCGAAGGAUGCUACGACAGCAAAUACAAUAAGUGACGACAGUGGUACACAGGAUACUAAGGUAGAAAUGUACUCCAGCGAUAAAGAUAUUUCCCAUACUGAAUCAACGAGGGAAAGUUUCACAGACAGUUUUGGGAAUAUAGAUUCUUCAAGUGAAACUGAAAAUAGUAUGCACUCCACAACACAUACUAUACAACUCAACAAGAAGAUAUUAGAUGCAGCAGUUGCAUUCAAAAAUAACAAAGUAGAAGACAUAUUACCAAAAGAGUGGUUUACAUAUGAUCAGCUCACAACUGAAACAAAUACUGAAGCUGUACCUCAAACAUCUCCCAAUGAAGACAAAGCAGAAGAGUUUCCAUCGACCAUAAAUUACAGCCAUGACAAAAUCAGAAACUCCUAUGAAUCUAAAAGUGUAGAAAAAACUGAUCGGCCUGUAGAAAUUGACACCACCAAACCUGUAUGGACAACUGAAAGCAUAAUGACAAGUUUCGACAGUUCAGAAACCACAGGCAAAAUAGAUAAUAGGCCAUCCAAUGACGAUUCUCAAACAUCGGCAGAUGAACUUUCGAAUGAGAUCCAAACUACUAUAAAUAUUGACACUGACUCAGAGGAGACAAAUGUUACAAUUACAGAACAUGGAACCUCAACCAUAUCUGAUUACAGUUUAAAAGAAACUAAGAUACCAUUUUGGUAUAUCCCCUCCUUAGAACACAGCGAAGAGAGUAACAGAUCGGAAGGUACUGAUACCAGCUCAGACGUUACAUCCGAAAAUAAUUUUAACAUCAAUGAAGACAGCAAACAGGGUGGGUCAGAUGAAAGUUUGAAUUCCAAUACAUAUAAAAAAUCUUGGGCCAAACAACCAAAUGAAUUUGAUAAGAUUCAUCCAGAAUCUUUGAAUGUCGAAGACAAGUCCACUGAUUACAAUCAACAUGGAUCUGGUGAGUCUGUUUCGAUGAAGGAGGUAAAAUCAGCUUUCUAUUCUGGUGACAGUUAUGAACAGAGUUUUCUUGAUCUUUAUGGACCGGGAGACUACUACGUGACGUCGUCGGAGUCAGAUCUUACGUACAACACUACUGAUGAGCGCGGCGAAGCCACAUCAACUGUAACUAUCCCUGGUAGUCAAGAGCAAUUUACAGAGUCAACUACGGUCAGAAGUAGUGAUAAUGAAGACAAAGAAAGUUAUUCCCAAGUGAAUGUGGACACGGACACUACUGUAACACCUACUGAUUCAUCAAUAACAGCAGCAACUAACGAAACAGAGAGUGCGUUGGAAUCGACAACACCAAGACUGUCGGAAAAUGUUUAUAACAGUGGGGAAAUUUCAAAUCUUUCUGAAAUAAAAGUGUGGAAUUCAUUGGAAGACAGUCAAGAUGCAAAAUUUGAAAAUAUGGGUAUGAUUAAGGUUGAGGAAGCUUUAUAUGACGCUUCAGUUUCCAACGAGGAAAAUUAUUCAACACAGUAACUUUGCUGUUGUAGUGAAAUAUAUUCAAAAGCUGAUACAUUAUUUUCCAUGAGCAUGAAUGAGCAACUUUUUCAUGUAAUUCAAAAUGUUCCAAACAAUGAAGUUAUGCUCAUUUGUGGUGUACCUACAAAAUGUCAUUUAAAUGUGAAUGACAUGGCAUAACUUUGUUGUUAUCAAACUGUGUGACUGUUUUAUGACUGAUGAAACAUUUUUAAUCUCAUCAGCAUCAAGAACAAUAUAGUAGGAUAAAAGAUUAAUUCUUCCUUCAAAAAAUUCAGUAUGUUCAAACUUAUCAAAAUUAAGUCAACAUGUCAGAAUAUGGAUAAACCAUAAAUUUCUUACACAAAAAUUACCACUGUCUUUCUGUUAGUUGCAUAUUCAUUAUGUCAUAAAAACCAUGAAAUUUAAUAUAAUCAACUUAAAAUUUUGAUGAAAAAAAUCUGCACCCUCAUUCUUUGGAAUGCAGAGUCUAAGCUGUUCUUGCAGAAACAAGAGAAUAAAAAGAUGCAGAUGACGAAGUUGUCCAUAUUUAAGAGCAGUAAGGAAAACAAAAGUAACAUCUCUAAACAAAGAACAUACAAAUAGUUCAUGAAUUUCUGUUCAGAAUGCUCUGCUCUUGUAGGUUAUUUAUCAGUAAUCAGAAAGGCAAGGAGACACCUUACGCUAAAUCACAUUUCAAGUAAAAACACCAAUAACAUUUUUAAAUAAUAACUUAUGCUGAAGAAUUCACCAGAAGUUCAUGGGUAGAAUUAAAACAAAUCAAUCAUAUCAGUCUUAAAUGAUUCAAGUGUUGAAAAUCAAACAACUUUGAACAAUUACUUUGACUAUAAAAUGUUCAGUGGACGUAUUUUAAUUUUUCUGAGCAACGUUACGAAAACGCGUCCAUUGUAAGUGAUAAAUAACGUAUGACAAGUCUGAUUUCAUUCAUUUGCUGCUAAUUUGCUGGAAAUAUUUUGCCUGGCAAGAAUUUUGGUUACAGGGGUGUAAUUUUUCAAUGUUAAAAACCUGAUAAAAUCCCAAAAUGUAGUUUGAGAAGACAGAAUGAUGAGCAUUUUGACAAUGUUUAUAAGGAAGCGUGUGUAUACAAACGUGGACAGAUUAGAGCGCAUUAAGUAAUGCCUUUCAGUCAAUUUGUGUCUAAUGUUACAAUGUCUUUUUCUGGAAGAAUCAAUUACUGCAUUUUCCCUGAACAAGACACAUUGCCAAAAAUAAUGUUGGGAUGCAUUAUGUUUCAUCAGGGACCAAAGACCUUUUGGGCUGAGCUGUUUACACUUUCCGUCCCUCUUAAAGCUGUCCAGAACCAAACUCAUUAUUUCCUAAAUAAACAAAUUAACUUCAUAAAAUCUAUUCCUCCCAGCAUCAUCGUCAGUUGCAUUUUAGAAUACCGACAAUCUAAACUUUCUGUAAUUACUAAUAGUUUUAGUAAUAAUGGACAAAAUAAAAUGUUUUUGUAAUAUUGUU